GGUACGUAAACAUUAAAAUGGGUUAGAAUUGUUGUUUACAUAAAACUGUAUUGAAUUUUAUAAAAUCAAGUAAUCAAGAUAACAUUAUUAAAAUGGAAGACGAUAAAUUUGCUUUAGUAGAGAGAAUAAUCAAAGAUAUUCAUGCGGUAUUUUCAAGAAUUGCUGAGUUACGAUCCUUCGAUAUUGUUCCUGUGGAUACAAACUUCAGAAACAAGUCACCUGUUCUGUAUUUAGAAAAUUGUCUCGGUUUAGAAUCUUGGUGUAUCAAGCAUGUUUACAUGUACUGCUAUUCUGAAGUCAUGGAUAGAUAUUGUCCUAAGGGAAGACGUAAAGUAUUCAAGGUUUCAUCACUGAAUUCUGAUCGUAUGAUUAAGUUACUGAAUGUAACACUUUUGCUUAAUCCAGACUUAAGUACGUUAUGGAAUAAACGUCGUAUGUUAGUAGAGAAAUCUAUGUUAGACAAUUAUAACGAAUUACAUUUCACAAGAUUAGUAAUAUCAAGGAAACCAAAAUGCAAUGAUGCCUUUGCAUACAGGAGAUGGCUUCUGAAUAUUAUAUUUGCAGAUAAGUCAUUGCAAAUAAACAGUAUUAGAGAUGUGAUAAAUGAAGAGUUUAACAUUUGUACCCAAGCAUCGGACAGGAGUCCAAACAAUUAUCACAGUUGGAAUCAUCGUAUGUGGUUUGUAAACAAACUAAAGACAUUAGAUAAUCCGUUAUUCGAUAUAAACAAUCAAUACAUAAAGGAAUAUAAUUUUUCCGAGCAAUGGACAGCUAAGAAUGUCUCAGAUUACAGCUGUUUUCAUUACCGACAAUUUUGUAUAAAAAAUAAUUAUUCACUGAAUGAAGAAUCAUGGAAGAAAUUCACAACAAAUCUUAACUUAAGAAAAGUUCUUGUGAAGAUUCUAGCCACUAACUUUCCGAUUGAUUCAACUAUACAAGUAUCUGAAGAAGAUUUGUUAGCAUAUUCUGAAAGUAAUUUAGUUAAUUUAUUAUUGUAUCAUACAGUUAAGAACUGUUCUUGUAUAUUAGACAAUGUUUACAUAUGUCGAAAAUUGGAAAUAAUUUUCCAUGAACUGGCAAUUAAUAAUGAAUUAAUACAGUUUUAUAAACAACAUGAAACUUUGUGGUAUCACAGAAGAUUUAUUGUGCAUGAAAUUAUUGAAAUUAUUUAUGAACACUUUAGUUUGACAAAGAGUAAUGGAGUUCUGGUUAGAAAUACAUGUAAGAAAUGUACUUAUGACGAACGACAGAAGCAAGCUAAGACAGUGAGAUAUGACACAAACUGUAUCUACUCAAGUGUCCUCUUCAAUGUAAUGUUGACACAUGAAAAAAAGUUUAUAGAAGAAAUGAGAAAUAAUUUAGAUAACUAUGCGGAUCGACAUGAGAAGUAUCUUAAAUUUGUUGAAGGCUUUCACCAUGUUAUGUGAAAAGAUAUUCCAUAGAUUUUAACAUGUUUUUAUCCAGUUUUUACUGAAGAAACUUUACUAAAACAUAUUGCUGUC